CAAAAUAUUAAUUAUAGAUGAGAUAAAAAAGUUUUAAUGAAAUAGAACCGCGACAGGAAGAGGAAAAAUCAAUUGGAAAUAAUUCAAAAAGUAAUAUCAAAGAUUAAUAAGAUGUUUUAUAAGAAAUUGAAAGGGAAAGUAGGAUUUUAAAAAAGGUUUGUAUUUAAAAAUAAGAUAAUACAUCAAUUAAUGUUAAUGUAGCAGAAAAACUGGGAAAUAAGGCCCAACAAAGACAGGAACAAGAGAAUCUAACAAUAAAGUUGAAAUAACCGAAUUAAAAGUACUAAACAAAACAACAAGUGAUAAAUCAAAUAAAUUACCUAAAAAAUUAUGUCACGAGUUUGGUAACAGACUAUAAGUUAAUUCCUAAUGAAGUAAACAAUGAGGAGCAAGUUAUUUAUGAAAACACCUUGAUACAAUUAUUUAGAUAUAUAUAUAAGAAGAAUAAAAACGAGUUAAGUGAAGAGCUAUUAUUGAAGUUCAAUACGGAAUUUAAAAAUAACCUUUACUAUUCAAUUGAAAUAUUGAUAACAUUAGCUUAUAAAACUUAGUUGAAAGAAGCACUACAAAUUCUUAAAUAAGAGCUCGAGAAAGUGUCAUUAAUAAGAAACACAAAAUUAGAAUAAAAGUUACUAUAUCAACUAAAAAUGGAUAAUGAAAACUUUGGUAAUUUCUCGUUUUAGCUAAUUGAUGAUUUAAUUAGAUUGGAGUAUAAGUAUUUGAGUUUUGUAAUUUUUAUGACUGCGUUUGGAGGAGUGUUACUGGAAGAGAUAACACGUUUGAGUCGUGAAUAACUGAGUUUUGAUAAAGAUUAUUUGAUUUGCGAUUUUAAAAAGAGAAGACCGUUAAAAUUGCAAAUUGAAAGGUGUUGGAUUCCUUAAAAGUUGUAUGAAUUUAUGUUAGAACUUUCAAAAGGUGAUUUUGAUCAUAUAUAAAUGGAAGAUUAUCACCAAGCGGUCAGAAUUAUAAACUUUCAGAAAUAGAAUGCAUUCAAUAUAAUUAUAUCAAACACGAAAAAUGAUGAAUAUAAGGCUUAUUUGAGUGAAUUAAAUUUUACAAAACUAUUAUUCUACUCAAAUGAAUUUUUUAUCUUAAAGAGAAAUGGGAUAUUGAAAGAGUAAUUACUCUAAUUACAUCAAAAUAUUCCAGAUGAAGAAAUAGCAAAGAUGAAAUAACAUAGAUUGAUAUGAUAAUAAUCAUUUAUUAAUAUAGAGA